AUGCCAUCGACGAUUUCCUCGAGAAUCCGCACUCUCAAAUGGAUUAUUCGAAUAUCAGCAAUUAUCGCGUUCAUCGCCAUCUCGACAAUUUUCACCGCGUUCCCUUUCUUGUACGCGUACGUUUAUGAGGCAAAAGCUCAGAUUGCGAUAGGUGUUCGAGAAUGUAAGACGACAGCUCAAAAAAUCUACUAUGAGACGAACACCAUCGAGUAUUUUCAACGUCGCUAUCGACAUUACUGA